UGCUUCACCGCGACAUUGGUGUGGUGGUCAUAGUGUUUUUUUUUUCUGAAUGUAUAUAUCUAUUCGUGCGAUUGAUCGAGUAAUUGAAAAAUGAUUGCACAUGGUUGCUUCCCCGCGAUGUGGUGCGGGAGUGAACGGAGAAGUAAAGCUUCAAACAGAAUGCUGAUGACGUCCCUGUCCGUUCCUAUCUUCCUUUCGCAUCAUCAUCUUCUUCUUCUUCUUCUUCUUGGCUAGCUUUGCUUCCACUCGUGCAACUCCUUUUUGUGCAAAUUGUUGGUUCCGUAAUGUAGUAGCGUGUGUGUACAUAUAUAUGUGACGCCUCUUUGUGUUUGAGCUGUGGCUUCGCUCAUAGCUUACACAAUGGGCGUGCAGAGAGCCAAUGGCGCUUCCUUGCUCCGUGCACUAGUUGUUGUGUGCGCCCUGUGCUGGGCAUUGUCUUCUCGGUGUGCGGAGGGGCAGAACUCAAAUGGUCAGCUGAGUGUGAAUGCCUCGCCACAGAAUGCUAGGAAGAUCCCUGAUAAGAUGUUUGGUAUCUUUUUCGAGGAGAUCAACCAUGCUGGAGCUGGUGGGUUGUGGGCAGAGCUUGUAAGCAACAGAGGAUUCGAGGCCGGUGGGCCUAAUACACCUUCCAAUAUUGAUCCAUGGCUGAUCAUUGGGGAUGAAUCAAGUAUCAUUGUUGGAACUGAUCGGACAUCAUGCUUUGAACGUAACCCGGUUGCACUUCGGAUGGAAGUUCUUUGUGCUUCUAAGAAAACUAAUGCCUGCCCGUCAGGAGGUGUUGGGGUCUAUAAUCCUGGUUACUGGGGCAUGAACAUUGAAAAAGGAAAGGUUUAUAAGGUGAGCCUGCAUAUUAGGUCAUCAGACACAGUGUCCUUGACUGUUUCCUUGACAAGCUCCGAUGGUCUACAAAAACUUGCUGCUCACACCAUCACAGGUAGCAAGAAAACCUUUGCAAAAUGGACAAAGAUAGAAUUUCAUUUGAGAUCCAACCAAAAUAACACCAACUCAAGGCUUCAACUUACAACAAGUAAAAGUGGGGUAGUUUGGCUUGAUCAAGUAUCAGUUAUGCCAAUGGACACUUACAUGGGGCAUGGUUUUCGGAAAGAUCUUGCUUCUAUGUUGGCCAAUCUCAAGCCUCAGUUUCUCAAGUUUCCAGGCGGCAACUAUGCCAUGGGAAAUUAUCUACGAAAUGCAUUUCGGUGGAGUGAGACUGUUGGGCCAUGGGAGGAAAGACCUGGUCACUUUAAUGAUGCCUGGGGAUACUGGACUGAUGAUGGACUUGGAUUUUUUGAGUUCCUUCAGUUGGCUGAAGACCUUGGUGCUUCCCCAGUUUGGGUGGUGAAUGAUGGAGCAAGCCUUAAUGAAGAAGUUUCCACAAAAACAAUUGCUUCAUUGGUUAAGGAUGUUGUUAAUGGCAUAGAGUUUGCCAGGGGAGGACCCAAGACAACUUGGGGUUCAGUUCGCGCAUCAAUGGGACACCCAGAAUCGUUUAAGCUUGAUUAUGUUUCAAUAGGAAAUCAAGAAUGUUGGAUGCUGUACUACAGAGGAAAUUACCAAAAGUUUUACUCUGCGAUUAAAUCUGCCUACCCAGACAUCAACAUUAUAUCAAGUUGUGAUAGGCCAACUAUUUCACCAUCCAACCCUGCCGAUCUUUAUGAUGUUCAUGUCUACACCUCUUUGACUAAUAUGUUUUCAAAAACUAGUAUGUUUGACAACACACCACGUGGAGCACCGAAGGCAAUUGUUAGUGAGUACGCUGUGACUGGGAAUGAUGCUGGCAAAGGAACACUGGUAGCAGCACUUGCAGAAGCUGCAUUUCUCAUUGGAUUGGAAAGGAACAGUGAUGUGGUUGAGAUGGCAAGCUGUGCACCCCUUUUUGUAAAUGACAAUGAUCGCAGGUGGAGCCCAGAUGCCAUCGUCUUCAACUCAUGGCAGCACUAUGGGUGUCCCAACUAUUGGAUGCUACACUUCUUCAAGGAAUCUAGUGGCGCCACCCUUCAUCCUACAGCCAUCCAGAUCUCCAACUAUGAUCAGCUGCUUGCGUCUGCCAUCACUUGGCAGAAUGCUAAGGACAGGAGCACUUACCUCAGGAUAAAGGUGGUCAAUUUUGGCAACCAAGCUGUGGAUCUCAACAUAUCCAUUGCGGAACUGCCCACUGGCAUCAAGAAGUCUGGAUCGAAACAGAUGGUUCUAACAUCCAGCAGCCCGCUUGACGAGAACUCCUUCCAGCAGCCAGAGAAGGUGGUGCCAGUGUUGAGCCCAAUGGUGAACGUGGGGCAGCAGAUGGGCGCGUCCGUGGGGCCCUACUCCCUCACCUCGUUUGAUCUGCUGCUGGAGCCGAGCAAGCAUGACAGCAUUUGAACUGUCAACUCAAGAGCAGGGGAGGAAAGAACAGAUAGAUGCUAGUACUAGUUGUAUUCUUCAGAUAUGGAUCUGUGCUGCUGCUGCUGCUCAAGAUGGUGUCGUAGACGUCUACUGUAUUUGCUAGGAAUAAGUGUGAUUGUCAUUAAGAUAUAUACCAAUGGGCACCAUUCGUGUAAGACCACUUUUUUUUCACCCGAUCCUGUGCUAUUACUAUAACUGUUAAGCAACAUUGGAUGGAGGAUUACAGAGUAGCUUGAUUCCUGUUGCACGAUCACUUGAUUUGGUAAUAGACCAGUUGUGGGAA